AUGUAUGCUGGAUGUUUCAUGACAAGGAGGGCGCGCGCGACCGCGCGCGUCCUCCUAAACACAGAUAUUCUGGACAUGUAUGGGAUGGAGGGCGCGCGCGAUCGCGCGCCCUCCUACAUGGCAUGUGUACCGGCGUCUAUUCUGCCAACGUAUACGGAGGGCGCGCGCGAUCGCGCGUGCCCUCCUACCGAGGUGUAUUUGGGCAUGCAUAUCAUGUCCCUUCCCUUUGAUCCACAGACCAUCUGUGUGCGCCAGCGCUGGCCAGUCACCAUGGACCGUCCAGCAUGGUCUGACCGGAUUCGUGUCGUCCUCGAAGCUGCUGUGCUCGUCCGGCUGAUCCAUAAACACACGGAGCAAUUCGUGCAAUCGCUCGUUCCCGUCGGUCCCGCAUACGUCCCGCUCACCAUCUACGACAUCUACCAAAAAUGGCACGAGCACAUGAAGGAGUGGCUCCGCAUCAUACGCGUCCGUACAAUCACCGACCCGCAACCCCUCAACAUGCUCUAUGUACGCUCAGAGAUCGAUCGACUCGAAGCGGUCAUGAUCGCAUUGGCCAACUUCAUCACCCCCUUGUACAGGCACUGGAGCACCCCCAGAUUGCCCGAAUCAUUGCGCAUCCACACUGAUGAUCGUGAUGAAUGGACGCACAUCGCGCGGUCCACUAUCAGUCUCAUGUGCGUGGUGAGGGAGACUGUUGAUUACUGGCACAUCGAUGCAGGCAUACUCUGGCAGGAUCCACCCAUCAAGCGGAUCCUGUACAACCAUCAUGCCAAACACGCCAUUGACCUCGAUACCGCCGUGCAAGAGCGCAACACACUUGUUGGCUAUUCCGGACGGUUUGUGAAUCCGAGCCCUCAGUGGUUUGUCCCCUAUGACCACAUCAAUUACACGAACGAGUACGAAUUCUUUGAGCGCAUCUGUGCGCACAUUGCCCUUCUUCUCCAAGAGCGGCAAUUGCGCAUAGAUCGUGAGAUUGAAUUCGAUGAAGACAUCCAUGUUUGGGUGACCGCUGGCUCGGUCAUCUUGCGCACUACUACUCAUGAUUCACGUCCGGAUCGCAGAGCCCGUCGCAUGCCCGAACCACCUGAGCUGGCGCGAACAUUGCUCAACGGUAUGGCGUCGCGCCAGGCCCUUCACUGCCAGCACGUAUACUCCGCUACAGCGGAGCGUGCCACAUUGCACGGGGUCAAUGACCGUACAUACCGCGGAGGUGGGCCGUCACCUGAGGACGUCUCGAAAAGCGUCGACUUGACACGCCUCGCGUGGUUUCAAUGCGCAGGUCGAUUCUAUCAGCAGUGUAAGCAUCCGCACUCUGAACGUUGA